CGAAUGGGGACGAACAGGGUAGUUGUGCGCAGUUUUUUUCUUUUGUAAUCUAGGAAACACUUUUUCAAACCAGAAAUCAAAUCCGACGUGUCGCGUUGUACCGCCCAACUUCGUCAGCACAACACUGCCAUCAUCUACUUUCGAAUCUUCAGAGAGUCCCUGCUGACACAGAAACAAGAUGACGAAGUUUAUCAUGUGUAAAAAUUCCGCUAUCCUCUCGUGCGCAGCUCUCCUGGCCGCUGCUUUCCAGGUGGAGCAACAAGUAAGUCCUGUCGUAGGCCUCGGCACAGUGAAGCAGCAAUCCCUUCUCCGCCGCCGCGGGAACAGCAGGAGAACGAAAAAGGAGGUAGAAAACAAGCAUGUAGAUGCUGCAAGAACUUUAUCUUCCGAAGAGGGAGCGAGGGCGGAUGGUACAGAAGGAACAUCACUUUCAUUCCCCCGGGCGAGCAACUUGUUGCAGAAGAAAGCGACUGUGUCGGCGCAGCACAACGCUGGGCUGCUGACCAAAGGGCCGCUCACAUUGGUCCGAGACGAGGAAGAGGACCUUGGUGUUUCUCAUGCUGUCCAACACGCACAAGAGGUGGACGGUGCAGCAGAUCGAAAGGUGGGCACGGGCACGGCGGAGAAAUUGAAUUGGGAGGACAAAGACACCGAUCUGAAAGCGGUUGUUCGCAACACCACCGAUGUUCAUGACGGAGAUCUCGUGUCCUCCUUUUCGUCUACAACGAUGGAGACCUCCGCGAAACUACAGGAGAAGAAAAGCCAGAUGUUGACCACGACGACGGCGAGAAAAAACCAACUCGGCUUCCACAUGUACUCCCAGCGGUUUCAAAAUCGCAUGCGACUCUCCUUUUCCCUCAACCUGUUCGAAAACGGGAUUGAGGGGGUGGCGGAGAGGAUGGGGAACGUGGCGCGGAUGUUCACUGACCCAGGGGAAGCGAUCAACGAGAUGAAAGAGUACGUCUUUCAACAACUGGAGAAAGUGGCGAAGCAGGUGUCUGAAAUGGGGUUUUCCAACCUGAUUUGGAAGUUGGUCGAGUUGGUCAUUUAUCCUGUGCAAAAGUAUCGUACUCGUAUUGCAAUCGUGCAUUACAAUUUUUUUUCUCAACGUAAAUCCGCAUUACAAAUUUCAUUUCUCAUGCUGAGCUAAUUUGUAAUGCAUUUAUACGAAUACGAUACUUUUGCAAUGCAUAUCAUUGGCGGCGAUAAAGUCGACAUGCUGAAGCCGUUUCUAGUGCAGUGUGCGGAUAAAUUUCGCACUCUGUUGAGUCAGAUCAUGGGCAGUACCACGUCGCAGGCGCUGGAUGGGUUGAUGGCAGGUGGAACUAGUACAUCUGGAACAAGUACUACGGAAGACGAGGAAAUGGAAAAUGAAGACGGCAGCAGUAGUACAAGCUCUAGCAGUUCCUCUUUUGCACAAAAAAGUAGAAAGACGACCACGAGCAGCAAAAUGCGUUUUUUCAAGGCGAAAUUGUUAUCUUCCGGAAACAACGCCAACGACAAAAUUAUGCAGAACAAGGUCGCCCCUUCGGAGGUUUCCGGCGCGUUUUCGUCGCUUUUCAAGAUGGAGCUGUUCACGGCGGAUGGCUUCUUGAAAGCGUUCAAGGAUCUGGUAAGUCACGUGAAGGAAAUGAUCAAAAGCCAGUUCAUGCCGGACGUUUUUACCGCGUCCCUCACAACCUAUGAGAGUGCACAACUCCACCCCCUCCCGCUCAUUCGCAUUGCAUGAACGGCAAUACAAACACCAGCACACGUGGAGCCUGCGCAUGACAAAUUCAUGCGCCUAGUCGUGUAGCACUGUUUGGACUUCCUGAAUCUGUCAUGCAAACAAGGCCGCAGGGAAGCCCUUGGAUUUGGGCUUUUGCAUGACAAAUGAGGGGGAGGGGGAGUUGUGCACUUUCAUAUCACCUUCCUGCAUUCCAUCGGCGAAAUGGUCACGGAGUUUAUCACCGAGAACAUGGGAAAGUAUGCAAUGCAAAAGCAUCGUACUCGUAGUAAUUGCAAACAUGCAUUACAGAUCUUGUUCCCAAGCUAGAUCCGCAUUACAAAUUUUAUUUCUCAUGCUGAGGAAAUUUGUAAUGCAAUUUAUACGAAUACGAUACUUUUGCAAUGCAUAGAAAGCCCUUUGACACCAUUGUCGCUGCGGGGAAGAAGUUACAGUCGGACUUCAACAAUUUCGUCGGGGGCUUACAAGACGGACUCGACCAGGUGGGGGAGCAGUUCGAGGACUUCGCGGACAACGUCGGCAAUGCCGCAAAGGACGUCGGCAACCGCAUGACAGACGCAGCGAACGAUGUGAAGAGUGGCUUCAAAGACGCGGCCAGUGCCAUGAAAGACAGCAUGCAGGAGGGCUGGGAUUAUGCAUUGCAAAUAUGUCUGGGUCUGGGAGAUUGCGAGAUUUGUCAUGCUAGUGUAAGUAGCAUGACUCUGAACUUUGUAUUGCGCGGCCGCGAAGAGCUCUUCUUGCCUGUCAUGCAAGAACGCAGUUGGUCAUUCGGAGUACGCAACUCAGAACCACGGAAUAAAAACUUGUCAUGCUCGGCAGCGCAUUAGAGUGUGCUCACUAUUUCCUUUCUUGCAUCACAAGUUUAUUCCAGACCCAGACAUACUUGCAAUGCAUAGGGAUCGCCUCUCCUGGUCCCGACGACGUGGCAGAUCCAGUAGUUUUCUGCUACGAGGGAUGAAAAGUUUUGCUCCUUUCGAUACGGUUGUUCUGGACCACCACCCUGAAACCGUGAUGUCUGGCGCUUCUUCUCCCCUCGAAGAUGGCGACGACGACGACGACGACCAAGGAGUUUCGUUUUUCGAGCGAAAAGUGAAACAUUUCGAGGCGAAAUACUUGGCCGCGGUGAAGAACGGCACUACGUCAGUUCUCGCUGGUGCUGCCCCUGCGACGUUACAAACGGCGACCCCCGUUACCGUCCUCGCACGAUAACGAGACCAGGACGAAGCCAAAACGAAGCCAAUCGGGCAGCUUUUACAAGGGCCCACCUCUGGCAACGCAAAACGCCGGCAAGUUUUCCCAUAGUGGUCGGCCGAGACAUUUACAGGGCCCCCAGCCUCUGGCGUUUCUGCUGCAAGUAAGCGGGGGCGCCAUUUGCGUUGUUCGCUCUGUGGGCUCGGGCGCAUCGCCUUAAGCAUAGGGAGAAGCUAGCCGGCGACGCAGCGUGCCGCCGGGCUCAAUUUUUGAGCCGCAUGGCACUACAGCAAACGCAAAAGGCCCUGGCUGUCGGCGUCGCAGCGCUUUGCGCUUCCCACAUGCCCAGGGGGCGCCGCUUUCGUCUUGCCUGCCUGUGGCUACUAUGCGAAGCCCCAGCGCCCCGCGCAGUGCCUGCUAUAUUCAAAUCGUUACGGCCGCACUUUGGCCCAGUAGAUAUUUGCACGCGUCCACCCCUUGCCGGCAUCGCCGGAAAACCGAAGCCAAAACGAGGCCAAAACGAAGCCAAAGGGCAAAAAAGCCGAGGCCAAAACGAAGCCAGAUCGAGGCCAAAACGAGGCCAAAACGAGGCCAGGCAACCGCGUUUCGUGUCUGGAAGGGGAACGCGAUAAGUUUUGGAUUUUUGUCGUCGCCCGGCUCGCGCUGCCGUGCCGCCGUGGAAGCGACACCAAAACGAGGCCCAGACGAGGCCAAAACGAGGCCCCGCGGCCUAAUUCUGGGCCUCAUCUUUCCGGCAAAAAGUUGCAAGGCUUGGCCGCAUUUUUUUCGGACGGCUUUGGCUUCGUUUUGGCCUGGUUUUGGCUUCGUUUUGGCCUGCGCCCUUUCGGACCGUUCUGGGCCAUUAUCUGCAGCAGGGGCAUGGGCCCAACUUCCGCAGCAGGCGCGAGGACUUUCUUAUUUUGGACAGCGAGCGGCGUCUAGGUGGGGGCACCCGGUAGACGAGCUCUGGCGUGGUCAUUGACUAGCGCGGGUACUAUCUUUCUGGUCGCAAUCCGAUGCGGCUCAAAAUUUGGGCCGCGUGGCAUGCUGCCCGCGAAUCGAUAGCCCCGUGGCCCAUGCCCCAGUAUGGGCAUCAAUAUGAAGAAAAUAAUUUAGACUCCGCGGGGCGCGCUAGUCAUUCUGAGGCAGUUGCAGGGACCACGCGCCGGCGGCAUGGAGUAGAGCUACACAGCCCCCGGCCGCGACGUUGUCGGCGCCCGCGCGAAUGCCAAAAAGCGACAGGCCUGGCCUCGUUUUGGCUUCGUCCGGGUCUCGUUCUCGGGUCUCGGCGGUAAUGGGCGCGCCGUUUGUAACGACGAUCAGCAACGAGGCUCGGUUUCACAAAACUCUGCAGCAAAUUUGGAAAAACGCUAUGACAGUGCACAACUCCCCCUCCCCCUGAUUUGUCAUGCAAAAUACCAAAUUGACCCCUUGCCCUGUGGCACUGCUUGCAUGACAGAUUUCCGAAGCCGAAACAGCACCACAAUCAGUCGCAAAUUUGUCAUGCAAAAGCUGCAUCUGUGCCAGGCCCAGGACUUGUGUUGCUGCGGAUACCAUCCAAAUGAGAGGGAGGGGGGGUUGUGGACUUCUUUCAUAAACGCCCAAGACCGCCACGAAGCGUUCCUCCAAGCCGAUCCUCUGGAGGAAUUGGUGGAAGUGGAAAUUUAUGCUGUGCAAAAGUAUCGUACAUGUAGUAAUGGCAGUCUUGCAUUACAAAUCUGAUUCCCGAGGUAAAUCAGCAUCAGAAAUUCCAUUUCUCAUGCUGAGGACAUUUCUCAUGCGAUUUCUACUAGUACACUGCGAUUACUUUUGCAAUGCAUAAAAUUACGGACAGACAUUCGAAUUCGACAACCACCAGCAAAAGAAAACAGAUCAUGACCCGUGGCAGCUUUCUGCAAUUGGAGCAGAAGGAUUUUAUGGAUCAAAUCAUGCAAUUCGUCCUGAAGUUUGCGAGCUACGUGCUGGGGAAAAACAUUACCAGCUUUUCGGACAUCUUGGCCAGUCUGGUGGAUGUGAAGGCCAUCAUCCACAACAUCCAGAAGGCCGUCCUGUCGCUUAUAACCUGCUCAGGUGUAGUCACAAUCUCAAAGGUUACAAUAAGGUCGGGGAUUUGCCUUGCAUGAAGAGCAUGAGGAACUUACAGAGUCUUGCGCUUUCCGCAAUACAAAGUUCGCCAGAUUCAUCUAGUGGGGUGUCGUGGCACUCCAGAACUUGUCAUGCGCAAUCCUGUGCGAGUUGGCUAGAAGGUCGUGCACUUCUUGCAUCACAGACUCUAUGGUAAUAGUUGAGAUUGUUGUACCGUCUGAGCGCCGGGUCAUAUCGCUGCUCGGGAACCUCGGCGAGAAGUUCAUCAAACCUUUGAUCAGCGUGUUUUCCCGGACCUUUUUCCAGGUGAUCUACGACCCAUUAGUUAUCAAAGGGAAAAAUCCCCCCGCCCCAUAUCAAAUGGAAGUUUCUGAUGCUGGAUUUGCGUACACAAAUCAGCUCUGUCUUGCAGAAAGUGCCUGGCGGCAUUGUGUAAGCCUGUUUGGGUGUGCAGAAGGCUAGCAGUUAGGCAUGACAAACAGGUGUUCAGUACUGGAAAGCGCAUGACAGAUUGGUUGUGGAAUGCGUCACUUGGCUCCCAUUACCCGAUAGGCAAGACAGAGUGACCACAAAUCAGCAUCACAAUUUUCCCUUUCGAUAUGGGGAGGGGGAAUUUUUCCUCGCGAUAUUAGUGUCUACCUCUUCCCAGUUUCUCGGUGACACCAUUUCCGGCUUGAUCGGCGCGGGGUCGCCCGUGUCUUUCGUCGGAGGCAUGAUCGGCCCGACCAUCCAAAUGACACUUCUCCAAGUCGGAACCACCUUACAAGGCAUCGUGCUUCCCUUGUUCAAAAAAGCGCUCGAGGCGAUUCUCCCGUAUGCAUUGCAAAUAUGUCUGGGUCUGGAAGAAUGCAAGUUUGUCAUGCUUGUCUGGGAUGACUCUCAAAUCUGUCAUGCACGUUUUUACCCAAGAGCCCCAUUGUUCUGUCAUGCAGAAACGCAAUUUGUCAUGCAGAAUAGGCAACACCUAGAAGCGUGGAAACUUGUCAUGCUGAGCCAGCACUUGUGGCCUCCUCCUGAUACGCCACUCAGCAUCACAAGUUUUCAGACCCGGACAUUUUUGCAUUUGAUAUCCCAUCGGCACUGACGAAAUUGUUCAAAGGGGUCACCUAUGAACUGCAAAAGUAUCGUACUCGUACAAAUGCAUUAGAGCGGGGUAACAAAAUUACUGAAAAAAGAGGUCCUCGGGGGACCUCUUGUCCCCCCGGCUGGGCGGACAAGAGGUCCCCCCGUUUUGCUGCCGGAGCGUCCGCCACGCAGAGUUCCCCCCCCCUCGUGUCGCCGCGUCGGAUAUUUCGGGCGUAACGGGAGGGGACCUCUUGCCCCCCCCCGUUUCGCAGAGAAAUCGGCUAUGUAUUUGGUAUACAGGACAAGAGGUCCCCAGCGUUUGACCCGAAAUAGCCGGCGCGGCGACACGGGGGCGAACUCUGCGAGCCGGCCGUGGCUCUGGCAACAGAAGGGGGGGACCUCUUGUCCGCCCGGCCGGGGGGACAAGAGGUCCCCCGAAGACCUCUUUUUUUAUUUUGUUACCCCGCUCUUACAAAUUUCCUCAGCAUGAGAAAUAAGGUUUGUAAUGCUGAUUUGCAUUAACAAGAAUGCAUGACUGCAAUACGAGAACGAGUGCGAUACUUUUGCACAGGAUAUCACCGAAUCCAUCGCGGAUGGGAACACGGAGGACGUGUUGAAGGGCGUUCUUGAGGUGGGGAGCAAUGGGGACGCGGAGGUUGUGGCAGAGGAGGACGGCGAUGAAGAUAGUACUUCUUCGACCAGUAGGAGUAGUUUCGCUCAGAAAAACAAAAAAGCACUUGCAACUUCUUCGAUGAAGAAAACCUCGUCAACCAAAGCGUCCAGCAGAAAGACAAAGAAAACAGCUAAGAACAAACAAACAACGAGGAUG